UUUCGAUUUGGAAACGUGGAUACUGUGUUGUUUUCACAGUAUCGAAGCCAAUGUAUUAAAAACACAACAUUCUGUUGCAAAUAAAUAUUUUUUCCUUAUCCUCCGCUUUGAAGUUUCCUGAAUAUGUUCAAACUUGAAUCAUAUAUUACACCCCUACUUUUGAGCUAUGUGGACAAAUACAUUAAGAAUCUUAAACCUGAAGACUCUCAGUUCUCACUCUGGGGCGGAGAUGCUUUAUUUUCAAAUUUAGAUCUGAGAUUAGAUGUCUUAGAACAAGAACUACAAUUACCAUUUACAUUUGUAAAUGGGCACAUUCAUGAACUUCGUAUACAUGUUCCAUGGACUAAACUAGGAUCUGAACCGGUUGUUAUCACCAUUAAUACAAUUGAAUGCAUUUUGAAACUCAGCACAGAUAGUACUGAUUCAGAUUCUCGUCCGAAAAAACAUCUAUCUACCAGGGGAUUGAAAAAACCAGAUAUUGGUGAAGCUCCACCUGGAUAUGUUCAAAGUUUAAUAAAUCGUGUAGUUAGCAAUAUUUGUAUAAUAUGCAACAAUGUUGUUCUGAAAUAUGUUGAAGAUGACAUUGUUUUGUCUUUGAAUAUCAAGUCAGUAGAACUUUUCAAUGCUAAUGAAAAAUGGGAGAAAGCGUUUGUUGAUACAAAUAUGGCUGAUACUAUAUCUAGGAAAGUGAUUUACAUGCAAGAUUUAACUGUUUGCUUAGAUAAAAGAGAUGCUAGUGGUAAAAUUGAAACAUACCAAGAUCCUCUUUUGUAUCGGUGUUCAUCCACAUGGCGUAUGUACAGUGUCUAUAAAGCGCCUCAUUCUAAACAUCCCUCUUUAACAAGAAUUCACAUGUAUUGUGAGAGUUUAGACUUUUCUUUGACAGAUCAACAGUUGCCGAUGUUUUUGAGACUUUUAAAUCUUGUGAUAGCUCUUCAUAAUGGAAGUAAUCUGACUAGUCAAGAAAAUAUGAAAGUCCAUGAAGAUGUCUCUGAACUGAAACUUGUUUUACCUGAAGAUGAAUUAGAUGAAGCAGAAGAUACACCUCAGGAUGACAGCUGGGGUUCCUGGGCUUGGUCAUUUGUUCCUGAUGUUGGAGGUUUAUGGAGCUCUUCAAACACUGAAGAAGAUCAAGAAGAAGCAAAUAUCUUAAAAUCUAAAAAGAUAUUUCAAUUUGGAAUAUAUAUUGGCAAGAGUUCAUGUGUUUUAAAGCAUACUGUAGUUUCCCAGGAUUCGUCUUUUUGCAGUACUCCCAAAUGUAUAUUUUCACCUUUAAUGGUUAUCAAAAUGUAUGGAUGUUCCAUGGAAUUCACAUCAAAAGGGAAAGAUUUCAUUAAUGUUCAGAGUGGUAUUUGUGGAGUAACUGUAACUGGACUGGAAGACUGUGCUUGUGGUUUUCAGGAUUUUUCAUUGAGCUCAAAUGAAAAGCGCAGCAUAUUUCUAAAAUCAGGGGUGCCACCUGGUAGUGGUCAUGCCUAUAGCUUUUUGUCAUCAUCAUUAUUUGAUCCAUUAGCACCUGAAAAUUGUAAUCAAGAAAGAAAAUAUUGUUUUAUCUUUCAAGAGCAUUUAUCUACACUCACUGAGGAAGUUAUGGUUAAAAGAUUUCCAGCUUUUGCCUUUGACUAUCUGUAUGAAUUGGAAGUUCCAGAGGAUUGGAUAGAUAAAAUUUCUACAAUUACCUCAUCAUUUUUGGAAGACAGUAAUUGGCAUGAAUCUUCAACAUGUCGCUUAGUUUUUGGUCCUUUCUGUGUGGACAUAACUAGCAGUUUAGUGCACAGAGUCCAGAAAUUAAUCGAUUCUGCAAAGGAUUAUGAUUACCCCUAUUAUUCCCAGGCCAGAAAAUCGUCUGCUGAUGUUGCUAAUAUUGAUGAGGAUGUUUUGGCUCAGAUGGAAGAGUUUGUUCCACUUCGGCAAUAUCAUUUGACAUUAUUCAAACCAGUGUUGCGUUUAUCUGUUGCUGAUCACUCUCCUUAUCAUGGCUCCAAGACAGAAGCAAAAAAAGUGAAAAAAAGAAAUAUCAAAUCAUCAAAAAAUGCUAAAAAUAUAAAACCUUUUGAGACGUUGUUCAACCUUGAGAUCUAUGCAGAUUGUUUGGACUUGCAGGCAACUACUCCAAUGUAUCCCAACAAGCUUGUGAAGGUUGUUGGAAGCAUAUCUUAUUCAAAUCAGUUCUUACUACAUCAUUGUUACAAUACAAAAUCAGCGAAGGUAUUUGGGUUAGAAAUAACACUGCAUAAAGAAAGUUUAAAUAAACUCCCUGAUUGCGCGAUUAUUCAUCCGACUUGUCUGACUUUUUUCAUGAAAUCUCUUGUCCUUCCUGAAAGCUGGAAUUCAUCUGAAGAUUUUAUAUUAAAAGAGUACACAUUUGAAUGGAGCUCUGUGCAUUUGAAUUUUACUGAAGUAGAGUUUUUGGCGUUAAUAUGCAUGUAUCAAUCAUGGAUUGCUAAGAACUUUAAUCCAAGUGGACUUGAAAAAUUAAAAGUUGCUUUAGAAGAAUCCGCAAAUUAUUCGCCCAAUAUGUCUGCCGAGAUUUCUGAUGUUAACAUUUUGCAUCAGUUGAAGAAAGAUAUUGAAAUGACGAAAUUUUCUGUAUCUUCAGUAUGGUUGAAGUUUCAGAAUGACGAUCAAUCUAGUGUCUUAUUUAAUGCUCCUGAAUCCACUGAAUGCCUUUAUGAAGGAAUUGAUGGGAAAAAAAUUGAGUUACAGGAAGAACACAAACAAGUAUUUCUUCAACUUCUUCUGCAAGUACCAAAAGAUAUGAAUAAUGAAAAUCCUGCUUUACUUUUUCUCCAUGUCAGUGGAUCAACUACGUAUCUUGAACUUGCGUUUUUUAACUGGCUAUCUUCUGCUUUGUUCACGCACAUUAUUUUGGAUGUAGUUGAGUUAGAUCAUUCUUGUUCAAGUCCUGCUGAUUUUGAAGAUGCCUCUACAUGUAGCAGUUUUACACAAGAAGCAUCUACUAGUUACUCUUUGAGCAAAUCACAAUCAACAAUUUUAAUUAGCAGCAAAAAAGUUUCCUUGCAAGAAAACGUAGAAAAUUUCUUGUUGAAACACUGCCAUUUCUUAUCAUAUCUUGUAUUAGAGGUUGACAUUGGAAACUUAUGUGGUAUUGUGCCUCAGUCUACUUGGAGUGUUAAAUAUGAUGAAGGGCUAUCUGUUCUGUAUUCAUGGCAACAAGCGGAGAUUUCCGGAUGUUUAAAUGGAGCAUGUGUGUUUUGUAUGCCAGCUGUUAAAAUAAAUAAUAACAGUUCAGUCAGUAGUUUACUUCAGAAAAUUGAUUUUGCUGAAAUUUCUAUGCCAAUCAAAACUUUGCAGUGUGACAAAAGAAGUGAAGAUUGCUUUCGUUGGACUUUGCAAAUAGACUCAUGUGCUAUAUAUUCUGUAGAAAAGAAUAAGGAUGUUAAGUACACCUAUUUGGUAUAUCCUACUACGCUGUCACCUACUGUUGGGUUGUCUUUCAAGAAUUAUGAAAAUCAGAUAGCAUUGUGUAUACAUAUGGAUAGUAAAUACGUACACUUAAACUUUUCGGCACUUCAGGCAGAACUGUUGGUUCACUGCUUCGACACUGUGUCUAAUGUUGUUAAGUUUGUGGAAAGAGUAGAAUCAUGGAUAAAUUAUUUUAAAUUUAAAACGCCUGAUGUAUCGGAACAUGGUGUGACGAAUCUUGAAAUAAAGCCAUCUGAAACAAAUUUCAAUUACAAGAAGGCAGGGGAUGCUAGUCACUGUAAAAAAACUUCUGCCAGUGAAGUAAAAUCACAGAAUAUGGAUGAAAGCAAGCCACCCCAGAGAAUGACGAUAUGGAUUCAGCUUGCUUUAUCCAAGCUGUGUGUCACUGUGUUUGGUAAACUUUCCCCAGAGUCCAGCAGUAAUAAUUUUAAAUUACAGUUUGAUGCUGAAGAAAUUGUUUCAUCAGUUGAUAUUCAAGAAAUCUAUUCAAAAAUGAAAUUCAAACUCUCAUCAUUAAAUGUAACUUGUUUUGUUAAGCCGUCUGGAACAGAUUCUUGGAUACAUGGACCAUAUGACGGAAAAGUAGUAUUUUGCAGUAACAUGGUAUCUAAAAAUAUAAAAUCUAAAACAAUAACGAACGGUAACAAUUUAGGACAGCACUCUCAUGUAAAACCUGACAAUCAGCCUUUCUUAGUUGCAAAUUACACUCAAGCUUUACAUUCAAAUGUUAAGGAAAAGUUGUCUUCUAGUGACAAACAAACUAAAAUUGCAGUUGAAGAAAUGAAGUACAUUAGUGAAAUUGAUUUGAAAGUAAAAUCAUUUGGUGUUAUUUUGUGGAUGUCAUUAGUUGACAUAUUAAAUCAAAUUAGUAUACCUUUUGGAAAAGUUUUUACUUCAGAUACAAAAACUUACCAUUCUUUUCCUUCAAGAGAAGAUACAUUCGCUAUGAAAUUCUGUGGAAGGAACUUGCCUUUAUUCUAUGUUGAAACUAACAUCAUUCAGAUGUAUUUACCAGAAAACUGUACUUUAACUAAAUCAGUAUUAAAAGAAAAUUAUCGAAUUGAUCAAAGUGUAACUGAUGUACUGUUGUUGCAACUUGAUUGUGUGACUUUGACAUCACAAGUUGAAAAUCCUUUGCCACGUAUUAUUUUGGAAUCAGAAAUAUAUAUCGCAGCUGUAAAUUCUAAAACUAUUGCACUUCCUGGAGCUUCUGUAGAAGAUAGACAGUACCAGAUGGAUAUAUAUGGGUUGACCCUUGGCACCAUUUCUGGUGCUAGCAUAGUAUGUCAGAAUGAUCCCAAGAAGGAAUUUAUUUCUCAUUAUCCUUUGACAAUGGGGGAGAAUCCAGCUCUAGAAUGGAAUAUUGGUGUUAUUCCUGAAAACAGAAAUUUUUCGGAUGAUUCAGCGAUGGUAACUCCAAUUAUAUCUCCUCUGAAUCUCCGAUUUGCUUUUGCUCCAUCUAUUGUUUGUGAUAGUUCUGAAUCAACAGAAAAAAUACCGGUUGCUGGUGUAUCUUCGGAAAUCAGCAUUUCGAGUGAAGUGUUUUUAUAUUUAAGUAUUCAUCAGGCAUGUUUUCUGUACUCCCUUUUAAGAGACAAUUUGGAUUUUGUGCACGCUGUGUUUGAUAAUGCUUCUAAACAAUCUGAUGUUCAUAUUGAUGGAUCGUCUUCGCCCAUAAAUUAUAGCAAAAAUUCUAGAAGCUCAAGUGUGUUUUCGCCUCGAGUGUUUACUCCUGAUUCAGCAAAUUUACAAGGAAGGCCAAGGAACCUUGUUAGACUUAGCAAACUUAAUUUUGUGCCCUAUGAGUUCUUAGUCACUGCGGGAACUGUGUCUGUUAUGCUUUUUUAUUAUGAUAGUGAUUUCAAAAAUAAAUCACAGCAUUUUCAAGACUAUACUGCCAUGAAUUAUAUGUUUUCCAACGCUGAAAUAGGUCGGUCUAGCAGUAUAUGCUCAACAUUAGAUGACAGUAGAAAUGUCAUCCCAUCUUCCAUUCAGGAUGCAUCAUCUUUAAUAACCUUACAUCCAUUUUUAUGUCUCACUAUAACACAACCACAUAGCUAUCUAUCGUGUCAUCCAACAAACCAAAAAUUUGAAUCAUCCUGUUUUGAUUUGCAGUUGCAUGGAUCAUCAGCUGAUUUUGUUGUUAAAAAGCCUUAUAAAUCUUCUAUGCCCAUUCAUGAUGACUUCAACCAUUCAUAUCUGGAAACUAAGCCUGGUGAACCGCAUCAGAAAACGGGCAUACCACCGGCGUUUCUUACUAUAACAUGUACCGAUAUUUUCACUGAUGCUGCAAAAGUCAGAAUUUCUGUUGAAAGGCCAAUGAAGCUGAAUUUUAGGACUUCAAUGGGAGAAGCUUUUUUAACCUUCCUGAAACGCUUCCAAGAAGAAUUUAGGGAAGUUAGUACAUGUAAAGAAGAGCAGUUACUUUCAGAAUCUAUUACCAGCUCAGAAGAAAAUCUUACUGUAAAAAAUAAGCUUUUGACUUUUUUUGUACAUAUGACUUUCUAUACUUCUCAGAUAGUAUUGGAAUUCACUCCGUUAUUGGAUGCAAGUUGUGAAAAACUUGUUAUUUCUGCUGGCAGCCUAAGGAUUGGAAUUGAUCUGGAAACUUGUGAAAAUGGUGUGAAAGGUUUUGAUUUAAAUUUAAAUCUUUUCCGCUUCGUUGUCCAAACAUCAAGUAACGAUCAAAUUUGGAGUUUUCUGCAACCACUAUCAUUUUUAACCAUGUUAAAAUGCCAUUUGAAGCCUUGCUUACAAAUUGAAUUAUUCGUCUCUGGUGAAAGUUUGCUUUUGAAUGCUAGCCUUCACCAUGGCAUGAAGUUGAGAAAGUUAGUAGAAGCCAUAUUGGAACACUUACAAAAAAAUCUUGAAAAUCUAAAGAACAUCUUCAACUCAGAGCAGGAAUUGAGUACCGUAAGCUCUAGUUGUGUUGAAAAAGAUAAUAAAAAGCGAACAUACUGGAAUGAUGAUCUCAGGAAAGGUGCAUUUCAAUUCAUACAAAUUGGUGAAUCCAAUGAAUAUCAGCCUAAACCUCACGAAAUUGUGUUCAAUCGUUCAUCUGCAAAUGAGCCUGCGUCAAUGACUUGGUGUUACCCAGAACCUAGAGCUCUGACAAAAAUUGAAGUUUCUCCAGUACCUUUCAAAUCUGGAGAAGAAGAGCGAAGCAAAAAGGUUAUAACAUGCUAUCUGCAGUAUUGGAAUUCUACCCAUCAGGAAUAUGUUAAUAUCUUUGAUUUUGUUCUAAGUGAGACUGAACAUUUUAGUUUGGAUUUGCCCGAUUUGAAUUCGGAUUCUGUUGCUGUGUCUAAUAAAUGGAGAGUUCUUCUAGAUUGUGAAAGUUAUAUUGACGAUGAUGGUAUUUUGGAAAAGGAAAACCCUUAUUUGUCACCUCUUGCCUUGGCAGCUUGUAUGUCCAUAGAUUCUUGUUUUGACCCAGUUCUUGUACCAGUGUUUCAAGCUACAGUUUCUUUUGAAGUUGCGAAAAUAAUUUUUUAUAAUUAUUUUGGGAAAUCAGGCUGCUCUCCAAAAUUCUUUCAUUUUGAAUUUGAUGAUGAAGCGCCAUUGAUUCAAGAGUUUUCAGUACUCUCUUUCAUUAAUCCUUCAUGCUCAUAUAUUAAGUGGAUUUCAAAGGUAAAAGCCGAAAUAUCGUCUGGUGUUAAAUGUGAGGUACUGGAAUACCGAAAUUUAACAAUGCUUCCUGUUAUAAGCCCUGUUGAUAUCCUUGCAAAUGUAGCAAUACAUCACGAUAAAGAAAAUGUUCCUAUUUUUGACAUGGAAUUAAUAUUAAACCCAUGUUUCAUUAGAUUAAGCCAAUCUAUCAUUCACACAUUUAAUUACACAUUGCACUCUAUUUCACAGGAGAUGUCUGUAUCUCCAUUGAAAGGAGUUUGUUCUGAAUUUGUGCUGCCAAAUUAUUACAUAAUAUGCAAUAAUCUUGAGGAAAGAAUACGUUUUGGCCAGGCUGGUACUGAUGAAAACAUCAUUUUGUCACCUCUGAAAAUGCAUGCUUAUAGUUGGUGGUGUCAUAAGCGCAAACAGAUUCUUUGGAUAAGUGUCGGAAGUUUGUGUUGGAAGUGGAGUAAAGGGUUUAGCAUUGACUCAGAAGGUACUACAUCUGUCAAAAUUGAUAAUAAUGUUGCUGUUAUUGUUAAGAUAAAAAAGCUGUCGAAUUUCCAAAAACAGGUGAUUAUUGAUGGACAAUUGAAAAUUCAUAGUGAACUUAACUAUCCCAUACAAUUACGAUGCGAAUUCCCUGCUUCUGCAUUACAAGAAUCAAAAACUUCAAAUUUGGUCUUUGUUAAAUCUCUUUCACCUCAGUGCAGUUCUCCAACUUUUCUGUUAUCUUCAGAACAGUAUCAAAAUAUGCGUUUGUCAAUAACUGGUAUUUUGGAUUCACAGUUAUGGUCAGAGAACAUUCAUAUUGGUGAUAAUAUGCUUUUGCAAAUUCCAUGGGAAGCCAAUGGUCGAUAUCAAACUGUAUGGUGCCAAGUGAUCCAACAAAAGAAUGCUUCAGGGAACAUUUCCAUUGUUGUGUUUGUUAGCCCAUUGUUUAUUUUGCGAAGUAAUCUGCCUUUUCCUAUAAAUGUUACAAUUGCAUCUGUGGAUCAGAAAGAAACAUACAGCACAGAACUUACAGGACAAGGACAGGAAACAAACAUUCUUAAAUUCUCAGAUCCGAAGAGUGAGCUUCACCUCACUUUUCAAACAUGUACAGAUUUGAAGAUGUUCAUUCCUCCAAUGCUAAUUUCAGUAUCGGAUAUAAAUCAAAUAUCGCUGAAUGCAUUUGAUGAUACUAAUAGUUUAUUUGACUCAUGUUGUAAAAUGCAGCAACUGCAUCACAGGCUUUGGCCCUACAGUUAUCAAGAAAGGCCAUCAUAUCUACAAGAUGAAUACAUGAAUGUCUUCUAUCCUUGCUCAGAUCGUGAUUGUGCUAUUUCACCUGCUGUGCCAUCUAAUAAUGUGUCAUGUAAAUUAAAGAUUGAACGUUCACAAAGAUGGUCUGGUUUGAAUACAGUUUUAUAUGACAUAAAACCUGAUGUAAUUUUAAUGAAUCGAUUACGUACUGAUUUAUUUUUAUUUGACAAAAAUGAGAUGGAGUGGAUGCUGCCACCGAACUCAGUUGCCAUGCCAUCUCGACCUUUUGAACGUUUCCGUCUAGGUGUUCUAGAGAAUGGAGAAUUUUUCUACAGUUCUUUUUUGACAGUUGAAAGAAGCCAAAAUGUCUAUGCAUCUAAUUCUGAUUCUUUUUUGUUUUGUGGUAAUUCUGAUCAAAGAAUACCCCAGAAUGGUUCAGUCAAUGUAUUUAUAAAAAUUCAAGUCGAUAAGCAAAAGGUAUUUUUGUUUAAACUGCAUUCUGAGGUACAAGAGAAUAUUGUUAUUAUAACUGUAUUUCCAAUUGUUAUUCUCGCCUCUGAUGUUGAUGUGGAAUUGCAUUUUUCGUUAUUUUGCGCUUCAAACAAAGUUGAAGAUAUAUCAUUGCCUCAGAGUAAUCCCGCUGCUGUUUCCAAAAUUAUUUCAAAAGAUUGCCAUCCAUUACUUGUUUGGGAAGUAGACUCUGAGAUUUAUUCUUCAGAAGCGAUUUCUCUUGAUUAUUACAUUUCUGUGUCUGUUUCUUUUCCAAUUUGGAGCAGUCCAGUGUAUUUUGGUGCCCUUUUACAAGAAAAUAACCGACACACAAUCUCUGUCCCUGUUGAAUCAACUGAUAAAACUACCAACACCAUACCACUUGUUAUCACUAGUCAUCUUCGAAAUGGAAUGUUGUUUUUAAUUAUAAAUAUUGAUCCGUGUCCUUUAUUACUGCUGCAUAACAGAACAAAUAUGAAUAUAUAUUAUGGCCAAAGCUUUUUUAACACAGAUGGAAAAUUUGGUGACAAAUCUGUGUAUGAAGAACUCGAGAAACAUGGAUUGAUUCCUGUUCUAAAACCUGGCAGCUCUGCUCAUUAUUCAUAUCCUUCAAUGCAAAGAUUGUUUCCUAAAGUUCCUGAUAAAUUUUCCAUGUUAUGUUUUGGUCUUAUGGAUGAAACUAGUCAAAAAUAUGUGUGGAGUAUUCCAUUUAAAGUUAACAUCGAGAAACAGUUUGUUCAUAUACUGGGUGUAUGCGAUUUCAUGGUUUGCAGUGAACGAGUAGGUCACACAGUCAAUCUGUUCAUUGAUCCUGUAAAUCGCAUAGAAGUGAACGCCAAUGAAGUUCGAAGUAGAAUUGCUCUUGCUACUAAUGCUGGCGUGAGUUCCGAUAAAAAAGAAUCUGUCAAGUCUAAAGAAAACAUUAGUAAAAAAGGCUCUGAAAUUAAACAGAAAAGUAAGAUCCAGUCAUCUUCAUCAAAACAGACUAGAAAACAUUCUAAUAUAACUGCUGUACCCUCAAACGUAUAUUUUGUUAAUAUGAGAGUUAUACAUGUCAGCUUAAUUCUGUGCGACGAGUUUCAAGAGGUAAACAAAAGCAUUGAAGUGUUAAGGUUAAAUAUUGACAAUGUUGUGCUUCAUUCAAGACCUCAAAAUGAUUAUCUCAGUAGCCUUCAAGAUAUAUCUCUGUGUUUUGAGCAUAUCCAAUUAGAUAAUCAAUUGAGUAAAGAAGGCAAAGUGGUGUAUGAUUUCCCAGUUGUUUUGCUCCGGCGCGUGAGUGACAAGAAUCCAGCCGAAUCAUCUGAUCAUCAGAAUAUAUUUCUGCCAAAUAAAAUUCGGGAAAAUUCAAUGUUUAUCCUCAAUACAGUCAUAGAGUUGUGUGGCGAAGAAAGAAAGAGUAUAGUUGUUCAGUCUGUUAAAAUAGAUUUCUCACCUAUGUCAAUUCAGAUAGAAGAUACUUUUUACUAUAAAGUCAAGAAUUUGCUUAAGACGUAUAUACCUGAAGAGUUUCACCAACAUGAAUCCCCAUGGCGUGAUAUUUCUGUUCCAAAAGACACUAGAGGCAUUUCAAUCACACUUAUGCAUCCUGUUCAUUUAGAACACUUCAGAUUUAAUGUUACAGAGGUCUCUGUCAGCCUGCAUGCUAAUGUUAGAUUGUAUUUGUCAAUUGAACGUUCUGUACUUAAUUUCCAACCAUUUGAAAGAGAAGAAUUGUUUACAUCUCACUAUGAAAUUGGUGAACUGAUGCAGUCGCAUUAUACGACAGGAGCAAUGUUCAGAGCAGGAUGGAUUGUUGGAUCAGUAGAUCUUUUGGGAAAUCCUGCUGGUUUUGCUCGUGCAGUCAGAUCUGGUGUAUCUGAUUUCGUAUAUCUUCCUUAUCAAGGAUUAUUACAUGGACCAAGAUCUUUUAUCUCUGGAUUAACCAAUGGAGCAAUAUCUCUUGUCACUUCAAUAUCAUCUGGAGCUAUCAAUUCUAUGGCAAAUUUCACUUCGAGUGUAUCCAAAAAUAUGGAUUUUAUCUGUUUGGAUGAAGAACAUCUAGCUCGUCAAGAACUUGUCCGUCGACAGCUACCUGACGGCGUUACGGAAGGUUUAGCGCAAGGAUUAAGUGCAUUCGGGUUGAGUGUUCUUGGUGCUGUGGCAGGCAUAGUAGACCAUCCGUUACAAGUGUUAGUAUCUCCUACAACUCCUUUAAGAACUGCUACUAGUUUUGUUGGCGGAAUAGGCAAAGGCCUUGUUGGAGUGAUUGCAAAGCCUAUAGGAGGUGCUUGUGAACUGUUAUCUCAAACAGGCUAUGGUCUCCUUUAUGGAUCUGGUUGGAUUAAUCCGGCAAAACGACGUUAUCAGCCAGUUACUAUGUCCUUUGAUAUGCUGUCUAGCAGCAUUGUAAAGUAUGUAUGCAAAGUUGCAUUGUGCCAGUCAUUUGGCGAUGUUCUUCUGUCUAUUGAAGCAACUUAUGUGAAUGAGAAUGGAGAAUACGAUAAAAAUAUUUUGCUCUUAACUUCCGAGGCACUAUGCAUUUUAGCUGAAGAUGAAGUUUCACUUCAACGUACGUUUGCCUUGACAGAAAUAAGAUGCAAUAAAUCUGAUAGUGAUCAAAGUACUCUAGUCGUUGUUCCUACUUCUGCUUUUCGCAAACAGUUGUAUUCGGAAUCUGGGGAUGUUCUGGAUAGAGUCGCGGAAUAUAUAAAGAAGAAUCGGGAAGAAAUUUCAAGUUCAACCGAAAGCUCAUCAAGUGGUUUGGAAAGUGUUUCAGAAUCCUGUCGAUCAUCACCCACUAGCCAUGUGUUUUUCUUGUACCCAAAAGACAGGACUUUAUUUCUUACGUUGUUUAAUUUUGCAAAAAGCAAAGCUUUGCACAAGGGUUUUUGAUUUUAAAUAAAUUAUAUUCUUGUAAAUUAUAAAAAAAGAAACUUGGUAUGUUGUUUAGUUUUUCUAAAAUUUUAUUAUGAAACAAAUUGCAUACGGAGCUUAAGCCUUUAAAAACAUUCCUUAUUUAAAGUAAAUACUUUUAAUUUUAUUUUUAAUUUAUUCAUUUCUAACGUUAUAGCUUUUUUUAUUAUAAAAUGUAUUUUAUUCUAUUUAUCUUAAGUAUAUGAUAUUCUAUUUAUUCUAAGUAUAUGAUAUAUGAGUAAUGAUUGUCUAUCAUUAUUAAAGAAUAUACUGUAUUUGUUUGCAUGUUUGGAAUUUAGCUUUGUUUUAAUUACUUUUUUCUGAUUGUAUUGUAAUUCUUAUUUAGAUCAUUUUAGUUUAUCGAAAAACACUAAUGUCCUUCAUUUUUCAUGCCUUCUUGUAAUCUUGUUAAGUUAUGCAUAUUCAGAGCACAACAUUCCAUACUGACAAUUUCACAUUAAUUUCUAGCAAAUAAUAUUUAUUUGGCUUUAGAUAUUGCAUUUGUAAUUGUGGAUUUAGUAAACAGGGGUUAUUCUUAUUGUAAAGUAAGUUGAAAUGAGAGGGGAAAACAAAAGUGGGUCUUCAUUUGCACUUCUAAAUAUGACUUUAAAUUUUAACUGUGCACCUUGUGCAAAAUGUUUUAACUGUGGUUUUAUUAUUCAAUGUUCACCUUUGUAUGGUUCUCAUGGGAAUUCAAGUGUGCUAAAGUUCAUGUUAGGGUGAUAUAUUUUUAUAAAAUUUAUAUGUAUGCAUUGCUGUUAAGUAUGUGAAUAAAAUGUUUCAUUUUUA